AUGGCCGGUUUGACUCUCUGGUACAGCGCCGACCCUGACUGGCUGCCUGGUGUGUUUGAGUGCGUGUCCAUGGCUGCAGUUGUCGCCUUCGUGUUUUUCUCGCUGCCCGCGCUUUUUUGUGGCAUGCAAUUGAACCUCAUUGGGCGACAGACCAUUAACCUCCUCCUGGGCCAUGCUGCGGAGUCGCGAGCUUAUAUGUGUCGACUGAAGCAGGAUCCCAGCAAGGUGCAGCUAGUGCGAGACGCCCAAGACGCCAUCGACUUCACAGAGGCAAUUGCCCAACGAUUGAGACUGGAUUCUG